GGUGUAGGGCAGACAGGGUGGGGACGGCACGGGAGAGGCUUCGGGUGCUGCGAGCCUGCGGCGGGGCCGGGCUGCCGGGGCCUCGAACUCCCGGGGAAGGUGAAGCGCAACUUUUGGAAGUGGCGCCGGCGGCUCUCCACCCCCAGGCCCACUUAAAAGCAGUUCACCAGGAAAACUUUGCUGAGAGUCACAGUCAGAGUUCAGCCCAGGAGCUUUGCAGCAAUCAGUACAGAAGAACUUGUAUGGAUAAAUUGCUAGGUGCAUGCAAGAUUUGAAGAGCUGAGAAAACAAUCUGACUUAAACCUGUUUUUUAAAAAAAUAUCUAGGUUGGAAUUUGGCCUUGACAAAUCAGAAAAUGAUGAGUGAUGCAAGUGACAUGCUGGCUGCAGCGUUGGAGCAGAUGGACGGUAUUAUCGCAGGUUCUAAGGCCCUGGAAUAUCCUAAUGGAAUUUUUGAUUGCCAAUCUCCCACCUCUCCAUUCAUGGGAAGCUUGCGAGCUCUGCACCUCGUGGAAGACCUGCGUGGAUUGCUGGAGAUGAUGGACACAGAUGAGAAAGAAGGCUUGAGAUGCCAGGUCCCAGAUUCAACAGCAGAAACGCUCAUUGAAUGGCUUCAGAGUCAAAUGACAAAUGGACAUCUACCUGGGAACGGAGAUGUGUAUCAAGAAAGGCUAGCACGUUUAGAAAAUGAUAAAGAAUCCCUCGUUCUUCAGGUAAGUGUGUUAACAGACCAGGUGGAGGCUCAGGGAGAGAAGAUUCGAGAUUUGGAGUUUUGUCUUGAAGAGCACAGAGAGAAGUUGAAUGCUACAGAAGAAAUGCUGCAGCAGGAGCUUCUGAGUAGAACAUCCUUAGAAACUCAGAAGUUGGAUCUGAUGGCUGAAAUAUCUAACUUGAAGUUAAAACUGACAGCUGUAGAGAAGGACAGAUUGGAUUAUGAAGAUAGGUUCAGAGACGCAGAGGGGCUAAUGCAAGAGAUCAAUGAUUUGAGGCUGAAAGUCAGUGAAAUGGACAGUGAAAGACUUCAAUAUGAAAAAAAGCUUAAAUCAACCAAAUCUUUAAUGGCCAAACUUUCUAGCAUGAAAAUCAAGGUGGGUCAGAUGCAGUAUGAAAAGCAGCGGAUGGAACAAAAAUGGGAGUCACUGAAGGAAGAACUCGCAUCUUUAAAAGAACAACUGGAAGAGAAGGAAUGUGAAGUAAAAAGGCUACAAGAAAAAUUGGUUUCCAAGAUGAAAGGAGAAGGGAUAGAAAUUCCUGAUAGAGAUGAAAAUUUUAAAAAGAAGCUCAAAGAAAAAAAUAUUGAAGUUCAGAAAAUGAAAAAGGCGGUGGAGUCUUUGAUGGCAGCAAAUGAAGAAAAGGAUCGGAAAAUAGAAGAUCUUCGACAGUGCCUGAACAGGUACAAGAAAAUGCAAGAUACCGUAGUACCGACCCAAGGUAAAAAAGGCAAAGAUAGUGAAUAUGAAGACCUGCUCAAUUCCAGUUCCAUCUCCACUUUGCUAGAUGCACAGGGUUUUAGUGAUCUGGAGAAAAGUCCAUCACCUACUCCAGUAAUGGGAUCUCCUAAUCGUGACCCAUUUAACACAAGUGUUCCAGAAGAGUUCCACACCAGCAUCUUGCAAGUUUCAAUCCCGUCAUUAUUGCCAGCAUCUAUAGGUGUGGAAACGUCUGAAAAAUCAAAGUUGCCUCCUAAGCCAGAGACUUCAUUUGAAAAGGAUGAUGGAAAAAGAAGCCUUGGUGCUGCUGUUGAAACCCAACUUUGUGACAGUCUAACUUCAAGUCUGCAAAAGUCCACCAGCCUGGGCAACCUGAAGAAAGAGACAUCAGAUGGGGAAAAGGAGUCUAUUCAGAAGCCUUCGGAGGAUAAAGUUGCAGUAGAAAGCAGCACAUUUGGGAGACUCCCUCCCAAGGCCCCAGGACAGGAUGCCUCUGUGGAUGACAACCCUUUUGGCACUCGAAAAGCCAGAUCUUCCUUUGGCCGGGGCUUUUUUAAAAUCAAAAGUAGUAAGAGGACAGCAAGUGCACCAAAUUUGGAUCGUAAACGAAGUGCCAGUGCACCCACCUUAGCUGAAACGGAAAAGGAGACAGCAGAACACCUAGAUCUGGCUGGUACGUCUUCUCGGCCAAAAGGUUCACAGGGGAACAGUCCCUUCCAGAUCUCUCCACCAUCUCCAGAUUCCAAAAAGAAAUCCAGAGGGAUCAUGAAACUCUUUGGAAGACUUAGGAGAAGUCAGUCAACUACAUUCAAUCCAGAUGACAUGCCUGAGCCAGAAUUCAAAAGAGGAGGGACAAGGGCAACUGCAGGGCCCCGACUGGGUUGGUCUCGAGACCUGGGACAGUCUAACAGUGACUUGGAUAUGCCAUUUGCCAAAUGGACCAAGGAGCAAGUUUGCAAUUGGCUCAUGGAACAGGGUUUGGGGUCCUACCUGAAUUCUGGCAAGCACUGGAUUGCAUCUGGCCAAACACUUCUGCAGGCUUCUCAACAAGAUCUAGAGAAGGAACUUGGAAUCAAGCAUUCACUUCAUCGAAAGAAACUCCAGUUGGCACUGCAAGCCCUGGGAUCUGAAGAAGAAACCAAUCAUGGAAAGCUGGAUUUCAACUGGGUCACUAGAUGGUUGGAUGAUAUUGGUCUCCCCCAGUAUAAGACCCAGUUUGAUGAAGGGCGAGUAGAUGGCCGAAUGCUACAUUACAUGACUGUUGAUGACUUACUAUCUUUGAAGGUUGUGAGUGUGCUACACCACCUCAGUAUCAAAAGGGCCAUCCAGGUCCUGAGGAUCAGUAACUUUGAGCCAAACUGUCUACGGAGACGGCCAUCUGACGAGAAUAGCAUCACCCCCUCGGAGGUUCAGCAGUGGACCAACCACCGAGUGAUGGAGUGGCUGCGCUCCGUGGACUUGGCAGAAUAUGCCCCCAAUCUCAGAGGCAGUGGUGUCCAUGGUGGGCUCAUGGUCCUGGAACCUCGUUUUAAUGUAGAAACAAUGGCUCAGUUAUUGAACAUCCCACCAAAUAAGACCUUGUUGCGAAGACAUUUGGCCACUCAUUUCAACCUUCUGGUGGGUGCUGAGGCCCAACACCAGAAGCGAGAUGCCAUGGAGUUACCAGAUUAUGUACUUCUAACAGCAACUGCCAAAGUCAAGCCAAAGAAACUUACCUUCAGCAAUUUUGGGAAUCUGAGAAAGAAGAAGCAGGAAGAUGGAGAAGAAUAUGUUUGUCCAAUGGAAUUGGGACAGGCAUCAGGAAGUGCAGCUAAGAAAGGAUUUAAACCUGGCUUGGACAUGCGCCUGUAUGACGAAGAUGAUUUGGACCGGUUAGAGCAGAUGGAAGAUUCAGAAGGAACAGUGAGACAGAUAGGUGCAUUCUCCGAAGGCAUCAACAAUCUAACACACAUGUUGAAGGAAGAUGACAUGUUUAAAGACCUUGCUGCCCGUUCCCCCAGUGCCAGCAUCACAGAUGAAGACUCAAAUGUUUGACCAAAGCACCUGGAUGAGCACUAGGAGCCUUUAGUUCUUUUUCCACUUUAUUUUUCAAACACUCGCAGUAUGUACAACAAGCAACAGAUUGUAUAUUGCUAUUGUUUCAACUUCUGCCCACUUAGAAGUGGAAAUGGAAACAGGAAAUGUGCCAAUUCUGAGGUUGCCGUGGAAAAUGAGACACUGGUGAAUGAGAGUGUAAUUGUUUUUCCUCUAUUUAAUGUAAAAAUCUGUGAUAUAUUAUAUUUAAAGUGUUACAUUUAAGUAUUUUACCAUAGUGUUUCCAUCUCAUCCACAGUAUGGAGGAUUAGAGGAGCAGUAACUAGUAUGUGAAUGAUUUUGUCACAUCUGUGUUUACUGCGGCCAUCCAAGCAGGACUUCAUAUGCUUUCAACAUCACUAUGUGGGAUUUCUUUAAGCAUUCAGUGUGCCCACUAAAUGCCAGCCACACCUGCACUUGCUUCUUAUUGUCUUAUUUUUAUAUAUUUUUCUAAAUAUAUGUAUAUAUACAGUAUAGAAAAUAGAACUUUUAUUUUGAAACAUAAGGAAGAUGGUGAAAUGAUCCCAUUUUUUAAAAAAACAUGGUGAUCCCUUUUACCAGCCAGCCGCUAAAAAAAAAAAAAAUAUAUAUAUAUAUAUAUAUAUAUAUAUAUAUGGUGAGCAAAAUUUUCAUAUACCAGCUGGUUCCUGAAGAAGUCAGAUGAUCUUUCCACAAGUGAAUUUUAACAGGCUAAAUUAAUAUAUAUGAAAUGCCCCUUCUUUGAUGAUACACCAUAAAAUUGUUGAACAGUUUAACUAUUUCUUACUUAAUCUUGAAUCCUUUUACCUCAAAAGGAAGAACUUGGGGGACACUAAUAUACUGUUGACUUGAGUGCAUUUAGAACUCCCCUGCAAAAAUUGUAGAAGUAAUUUCUGCAGAAACCAAAACCAAAACAAAAACCUUUACAGUAUUACAUUUCUUGUUUUCCUCUUUGCUGAAUACAUUAUUACGUUAAAAUACUAAGAGUCUGCCUAAACAUGUUAAUUGUACAUUUCUCAGACUUUUUAAAUGAAUGAGGCUUUUUAAAAAGCUGAAUAUUUGUCUGAAUAUUUUGUUUUAAUCAGAGUUCAAAAACUCUGAGUCUGCCAAAUUAGCUUUAUAAUGGCUAUUUUGUGAUGAUAAAAGGUAGUUCAUGUUUUUCUGAAGCAUAGGGCCCAAACAUUCCUUAUAAAGAAAACAGGAGCUGCAACAAAAACCUUUAUUGUGUUUAUUAUUCUUUAGGAGUAUUAGAAAAAAUCUUCUAUUUUUAUUCAGUGCCACACAGUUACUCAUGUGAAUUUUCAUGGUAGCACACUGUGGAAAAGACAAGUUUUCACAAAUUGGGGUAGAUAGAGGUGGGCAGUUCAUUAUAUGCCAAUGGGCUCGGUUAUAAACUAUAUUUCAGUAUCAGUGAUAUCUCUUAAGUUGUCAGCAAGUUACCAAGCUAUUCAUCAGGGAACUUGUAAUACUAGAUUACUAUUUAUUCACAACUAAAAUGAUUUGAUGCUAAUAAUAAUUUCCUUUGAAUUCUACCAUUCAUUAUUUAGUAACUGUAUUGGACUCUUACUGUAUUUGGGCUUUAUUCUAAUGUGAAUAUAUGGCACCAUUUGAAAAACUCAAAAUUUGUUAUUAGAACCUGGUUAAAAUUACCAGGAGACUGUUACAGAUGCCAAAUAUUCUCUAUUCAGGACAAUAUAACAUAAUUGAUGAUUUGUGGUAAGCUUAAAAAAUUUUUGAUGAUAUAUUUUAUUUACAAAGUAUAC